GCAUUCACUUUUGUACGUUCCCUUUAUUCGCCUCGUUAUCGAUUUCCAGCAAGUCGUUCUUGAAUCAGCUGCUAAAGGAACUGAUCAGAAUGUUGGGGUUGGUUAUGUGAGCUUAUCCAUAGUGUAUGCAGCAUUCGCUAUCUUUAACUGGUUUUCCCCGGUGGCUGUAUUAUUACUGGGUGAGAAAUAUACCAUGUUUCUCGGGUCCAUCUGCUACUUUCUCUUCGUAGCCUGCUUUAUGGAGCCACGUGCUUGGAGUCUGUAUCUUGGUUCAGUUGUUUGUGGAUUCGGGGCGGCAGUUCUCUGGACUGCACAAGGUGCAUUUAUCACUCGAUGGUCAGAUUCUCGCAACAUCAAUAAACAUUUCAGUAUAUUUUGGGCGUUGUUACAAUUAUCGCAGAUCGUUGGCGGUCUGUAUGUCUAUCUAUCCUUGGCGGAUGUGACAUACAUUGACAGACGUUUACGAUUACAGCUUUUCGGUGGUAUGCUGGGGUGCGGCGCCGUAGGAACUCUCCUCUUCCUCGGCCUGCGUCCACCACCCGCUAUUUCACAGCCCGAAGAUCUGUCGGUACUCUCUGUGCCCAACAGUGAAGAUGGCAACGAUGUAAGGGUAUCCCGUCCAAAAAUGGUGUUUGAUUCCACAUUGAAGACAUUCUGUGAGUGA